AUGACAAGUAAAAAAUUUAAUAAUAUAAUUAUAUUACUUUUUUCCUUGUCUGUAUUUUUGGUUUUUUCAACACCAUUAGAUAGAAAAAAAUUUAAUCGAAAAAAUAUUCUAAUUAAUGGAAGACCAUGGCAUGGAUUUAAACCUAUUUUAAAUUUAGAAAAAGAAGAUUAUCCAAAUAAAGGAAUAGCUACAAAAGGAUUUUUUAUAAAUAAAAUAGAUCAUUUUGAUAGUAAAAAUACUGCAACAUACAAACAACGUUAUUGGUACAAUAAACAAUGGUAUCGUGCUGGAGGUCCAGUUUUCUUAAUGUUAGGAGGAGAGGCUGCAGAAAGCCCUGCAUGGGUUGAGAGAGGAGAUUUUGAAUGGACAAAAUUGGCUCAACAUCAUAAAGCUAUGGUAUUUUUAUUAGAACAUAGAUAUUAUGGUAACAGUAGACCAACAUCUGAUAUGUCAACAGAAAAUAUGAAGUAUUUAUCAUCAAGACAAGCUAUUGAAGAUGCUGCUUCUUUUAUUAGAGGAAUGAAUGAAAGAUUUGAUUAUACAAAUAAUACAAAAUGGGUUGUCUUUGGUGGUAGUUAUUCAGGAGCUUUAGCUGCAUGGGCCAGACAAUUACAUCCAGAAUUAAUUUUUGCUGCUGUUGGUUCUUCAGGACCUGUUCAAGCUGAAGUUGAUUUUUAUCAAUAUCUUGAUGUUGUAAAGAAUAGUUUAUUAACCUACUCAUCUGGGUGUGGUAAUGACUUAGAAAGUGGUUUACAACAAUUAGAAAAACUUGUUGCAACUACAAGUGGACAAGAACAAAUUGGUAGUAUGUUUAAUCUUUGUAAAAAAUGGGAUCAAUUAUCAAAUGAAGAUAUUAAAUAUUUUUGGUUAACUAUUAUUGGAACUUAUAUGGGUGUUGUUCAGUAUUCUGGUGAUAAUGUUGGUGAUUAUAGAGGUUUUUAUUCAAUUAAAAAUCUUUGCAAAUAUCAUCUUGACAAAUCAUCCAAUCCUCUUGAUCAUAUUAAAAAUGUUUAUAAUGAUUAUGGUGGUUAUUCUCAAUCAUGUUUAGAUCCUAAUUAUAAUGAAUAUAUUAGAUAUCUAAGACUAACUGAUUGGAAUUCAGAAAUAUCUGAUGAUAGAGCAUGGACAUAUCAAACAUGUACAGAAUUUGGUUAUUAUCAAAGUACUGAUAAUGAUGCUUCAACUUAUUGGGGUAAUAUAAUUGAUUCUAAUUGGUAUGUUAAACAAUGUACCGAUAUUUUUGGAAGUUCUAUUACAAAUUCAACAGUUUACUUGUCUGUUGCUGGUACUAAUAGUUUCUAUGGUGGAGCUAAUGGAUUCAAAGCAACAAAUGUAAUUCUUCCAAAUGGUAUUGUUGAUCCAUGGCAUGCUCUUGGUGUAUUAACUAGAACAAACAAUUUUAAUUAUCCAGUUAUAAUUAAUGGAACUGCACAUUGUGCUGAUAUGUAUCCCUCUUCUCCAGAUGAUUUACAAAGUUUAUCUCUUGCUAGACAAACUAUUGCUACUACUUUAGCUAAAAUAUUAUCUUAA